ACGCCCGAGUAUUCAACCUCCUCCUUUUUUUUGCUCGUUCAUUCCUUUUCUUAUCCAAUUUCUCCAAAUAUAUUUCACGUUAAUGCUGAUAGAAUUGCCGAAUCGGCCGAAGUAUUUGGCAGUUAUGAGUGUGAUAUCUUGCGACAUCACUCUUUAUG